CAAAGAGCUCGAGAUUAUUAUUUAUCCCAACGAGAUAACGUACAGCUCACCAAAAGAGUUUUAGCUGGAAAGCUUUGACGGCCAUUAGCUUCUGGUAAGAAGUAUGAAGACUUCAGCGAAGCUACUGCUACUCAGCCUGCUAUAUGUUGCUACGGCAUCUACCGAUGAUGCUGCAUAUCCACUCGGAUAUGGUGAUGAAUCGCCGGGUCUUUGUCUCGGAUCCAGCAAUCCACUGAGGAAGGAAGUGUCUGAAGGUGGAGAGAUAAUCGAUAUCACUCAUCGCUUCACUCCAAACACGCCCUCCGGGAACUCCGAUGACGGCAUCGGACAGUAUCUCAGCUUACUGAUGAGCAUGAAGAAUGGUUCUGAUUACAACUUGUCGGAGGUGAGGUUGUGUGUUCAUGCCGGUACUCAUGUCGAUGCUCCUGGGCAUAUGUAUGAUAAUUACUUCGAUCAAGGGUUCGAUGUUGACACUCUUGACCUUAGAGUCCUCAAUGGCCCUGCAUUGGUGGUGGAUGUUCCCAGGGACAAGAACAUAACUGCUGAAGUGAUGAGGGGGCUAAAUAUACCCAAGGGGGUGAAGAGAGUGCUAUUUAGAACACUGAACACAGACAGGCAUCUGAUGUUCAAGAAGGGGUUUGACACCAGCUAUGUGGGAUUUAUGAAGGAUGGUGCUCAGUGGCUUGUGGACAACACUGAUAUUAAACUUGUUGGAAUAGAUUACUUAUCUGUUGCUGCAUUCGAUGAAAUCAUCACUGCGCAUCUAGUAUUUCUUAAGAGCAGGGAAAUUGUACUAGUGGAAGGUCUGAAUUUGGAAGGAGUUAAGGUUGGGAUAUAUACGGUUCAUUGCUUACCCUUGAGGUUGGUAGGUGCUGAAGGAUCUCCCAUCAGAUGCAUCCUCAUCAACUAAAUAUAUAUGGUUCAUUGGCCUUAUACAUGUCUUUAACUCUAUAUACUACUACAUAGCAAAUCACAAUGUGUUUCUGGUUAGAGGAUUUGUACGGAAGUCUUACUAUAGUAGUUACGGGCGAAUGGGGCCAUGUCCUUAUACUUGAGCGACGCCACUCAUUCAAUGGCAGCAGCCUCUACUUCUCGGGUCGGCCCUAAUAAAAGGAAGUGUUUGAAAUAUGAUGAAACUUGUUGUUAAGUAAUGCUUCUCUAACCAUUUUUCCUGAUAUGGAUUCGUGUACCCGAAUAAAUGUCAUACUAUACAGGGACGGAUCCAGGAUUUCGAGUUAAGGGGGCGAAAUUUUUUUCAUUAAUGUAGAGGGUGAAAAAUUUUCCUCUAGUGUAAUAGGGCGAAAAAAUAUUCGCUACUGUAGUGGGGCGAAAUUUUUUCGCUGGUGUAGGAAUUUGCGGCUAAUUUUUGUUCAAAAAAUUCCAUGAUUAAAUACACGAUGACAUUUAAAUCUAUUAUAUUACAUUCUAAUUUUAGACAGUGAAAAAAUAACUUUGAUUUAAUAUUUGUUAGUGCUCUAGAAAAUUAUUUGAAAAUAAGAAAAGAUGUAACAUUUUAU